AACAUUUAGCUCCUCUGUCAGAAUGAAUGGGGACCAGAAAUUGGAUGUUUAUAACCAAGAAAAGCAGAAUUUCAUCCAGCACUUCUCCCAGAUCAUCAAGGUGCUAACUGGGGGUGAACUGGGACACCCAGAGACAGAAGAUGCUAUUAGCCAGCUCAAGGAGGUCCUGGAGUACAUCACUGUAGUAGGCAAGUACAAUUGGGGUCUGAUGGUGGUACAGGCCUUCCAGGAGCUGGUGGAGCUGAGGAAACAGGAUGCUGAGAGUCUUCAGUGGGCCCUGGCUGUGGGCUGCUGUGUAGAACUGCUCCAUGCUUUCUUCCUCGUGUCAGAUGACAUCAUAGACUCUUCCCACACUCGCCGGGGGCAGAUCUGCUGGUAUCAGAAGCCGGGCAUAGGCUUGGAUGCCAUCAAUGAUGCUCUGCUUCUGGAAGCCUCUAUCUACCGCCUGCUGGAGUUCUACUGCAGGGAGCAGCCCUACCACCUCAACCUGCUGGAGCUUUUUGUACAGAGUUCCUAUCAGACUAAGAUCGGGCAGACUUUGGACCGCAUCACAGCACCCCAGGGCCGUGUGGAUCCUGGUAGAUACACUGAAAAGAGGUACAGAUCUAUUGUCAAGUACAAGACAGCUCUCUACACUUUCUACCUGCCUAGGGGGCUGUUGUGUACAUGGCAGGGAUUGAUGAAGGAACACGCUAAUGCUCUGAAGAUCCUGCUGGAGAUGGGCGAGUUCUUUCAGGUCCAGGAUGACUACCUUGAUCUCUUUGGAGACCCCAGUGUGACCGGAAAGGUCAGCACUGACAUCCAGGACGAAAAAUGCAGCUGGCUGGUGGUUCAGUGUCUGCUAUGAGCCACUCCUCAACAGCACCAGAUCUUAGAGGAGAAUUAUGGGCAGAAGGACCCAGAAAAAGUGGCAUGGGUAAAAGCACUGUACGAGGCGCUGGAUCUGCAGAAUGUGUUCUUCAAGUACGAGGAAGACAGUUACAACCGCCUCAAGAGUCUCAUAGAGCAGUGCUCUGCGCCCCUGCCCCCAUCCAUCUUCCUGGAACUAGCAAACAAGAUCUACAAGCGGAGAAAGUGACCUCGAAUUGUAGACGCUGGGAGGGAGGGGUCUCAAUAAAUUAUUGUUCAACAA